AUGACCGGGCGGGAGCGGGGCCGGGCCGGGUUCUCACCGCCUACAAAUGCGGCGAUCCCGGAGCGGGGCCACCGCCUCCUGCGUGUCCGUGUCCUCGCGUGUCUGUGUCCCCGCGCAGGGCGGAGCAUGGCGGCGCGCCGCUGGCUGCUGGCGCUGCUGCUGCUCUUCUGCCUCGCGCUGAGCGCCGCGUCCGCGGGGCCUCUGGGAGCGGGGCUGGACGGGAUGGAUCCUGAGGACGGCCUCAUCCGAACGCUGGUGCGGCCACGGGGUGCGCGGCGUGGGAACGUGCGGCGGCCAGGAGGGUGGAGGAGGCUCCGCCGUCCCCGGCCACGGCUGUCCCAUAAGGGCCCCAUGCCCUUCUGAUGGAGGACCGCCGCCAGCGCUCCAAGGAUGCAUCCCCACUGCCUGCUCUGCUCGUCCCUGAGCCGGCAUCACCUCCCUGCAGCUGUCCCUGGUGGCUCUGGCACCGUGUUCUCUCAGUGCCCCGUGCCCCGAUCCUGGUGUGCCGGGUCCAGGGGCUCUGCGUAAAGCACUUUGUCUGGCGGAGGAGCUCUCCGUGGGGCCCUGCCCCAUCCCCUCCUGGAGGGGUCUAUUUAUUCCUGUGAUGCUGACCCCGUGUGAGCUGCCCUGUGGGGUUCCCACCCCCUGGGGCUCCGCAGGAAGCACUGAUGUACCCUAAAAGGGCCGCAGCGGUGCCGGGCCCUGCUGGUCACCGCGUCUGUCACGUCUGUAAAGAAUUGUUCUGUGUAAAUACAUCUUUAUUAUAAAGAGCU